UUCUUAUAGUCUGCUAUGUGUUAAGAUAUCUUUUUGGUGAUCUGGGUCUGUGUUAAACAAGAGAAAAGAUCAUUGCGAUGAAAGAGUUUUGAUCAUGACAAGUAGUAAUAACCAAAUAUGGCAGUUGGAGAGAUUAUGGUAAUGGCAAUCGUAAUAUCGAUCAUACUCUUAUUUGUUGGAAUAGCUAUGUUGAUCUUCAUCCACGUGUGCAUCGUGGGCAGGGCUUUCAGAAGAGGUUUCGGAAACGUGUUGGUGCCGGAGAGAGGCGGCGCCACCCUCGCCACAAGUGGCGGUGCAUCCACCGGCAACACGAGCAUGUCCAAAGACGACCUCGAAAACCUUCCCAGCUUUCACUAUAAAACGACAGAAGACACGAGAAGUGACGAGGACUGUGCGGUGUGCUUAGAGACAUUCGAGAUGGGCGACAAGUGUCGUUUGUUGCCCACGUGUAACCACAGCUUCCAUGCCCAGUGCGUCGACACGUGGCUUCUCCGGACACCCUUUUGUCCCAUAUGUCGAACUGGAGCCGAUUCUCGUAAGGGGAGUAGUCGUUUUAGUACUGACACUAGAGGAGAUCUGAGCCAAACGACAGAGAGCAGCAGUCGUUUGAGUGACAUUAGGAUUGAUCAUGGUGAUGAUGAUGAUAAUGAUGAUGUGCUUACAGAGAGUGAAAGCCAGAGAAUAGAAGAUAGUGGUGCCAUAAUUGGUAGCAAUGGGUUUAGUGAGGAGAAUCAAACCCAAUCUCUGGGAAAAAUGAGAGAGUUGAAUGUUACUUGUUCAGUUUCUGGUACAAAAUCAGAAGAGAACCAAGGUGAGAGUACUAGAGAGUUGUUGAGUGUUGUAAUUUGUUCAGUUUCUGGUGUGGAAUCAAAAGAGAUCCAAACUAGUCCAACUAGAUAGUUAUUGUACAUGCCAUCUUACAUAUAUAAUUUGUCAUGUAAUUACUUUUUUUUUUCACGUGAUUGCAUUUUUUGUUGGGUUGUAUUGUUGUGGUAAUGUAGUAUUUAUUGUUGCAUAGAUAGUCAUAGUUAUAUGCUUUUA